AUGCCUCUAAAAAUGCGGUUCCUCUUACGUGUUUUGUGCCUGGUGGCCGCUGCUGGCGCCUGGCACGGUUGCAACAGCAACAACAGGGAAUUCCCUUUUGCUCUGGCUGCAGCACCUGCUGUUCCUGCUUCCUCAGGAAGUCCCGCAGCUCCGGCAACACCUGCUGCGUCAGAUGUGCAGGUUCUGACAGAUGCGAAUUUCGAACAAGAAACGCAAGCUGUCACCGGUUCCACCACGGGUGAUUGGUUUGUCAAGUUCUACGCCCCAUGGUGCGGCCACUGCAGGAAGAUGGCCCCGGCGUGGGAGGAACUGGCGAAGAAGCUGAAGGGACAAAUCAACGUAGCGCAUCUUGACGCCACGACAAACCCGCAGACUGCAAGACGAUUCAGCAUCAGAGGUUUCCCAACUUUACUGUACUUCAAAAACGGCCAGAUGUAUCAGUACAAAGGCAGUCGCACUGUAGAUGAUCUAUACGCAUUUGCAACCGGUGGAUGGGAGAAGACGCCUGGCAAGCCCAUUCCGCCAGUCCUGUCUUGGCUGGACACUAUGAAGGACGAGUUUAUGUUGGCAAUUCAACAACUUCGCGAUGUAUUCAUUCAGUUCCCCGUCCCACUUUUGAUACUGUUCUCCGUCGGGUGCAUCAUGGGCUCGAUGAUCACUUGUCUUGGCGUUGCACUCUGCACGGGAUCGAAGAACCGGGACGUAAAGGUUGCGAAAACAUCGAAGAAGAAAGAUUAG